AUGGGAAAGUCGUCCAAAGACAAGCGCGAUGCGUACUACCGGCUAGCCAAAGAGCAAGGAUGGCGUGCAAGAAGUGCCUUUAAGCUGCUCCAGCUGGACGAGGAGUUCAACCUCUUCGAAAACGUCACCCGUGUUGUCGACCUCUGCGCAGCCCCAGGGAGCUGGUCCCAGGUGUUGUCCCGGGUGCUCAUCAAAGGCGAGAAGUUCGGCCGCUCUGCCUGGCAAGACAAGGAGGCCAAGUUCCGGCAGCACAUGCUCAACGUCGUUCCGUCCGACGAAAAGCCAAGCACUUCUGCAGAUGCCCCAGCUUCAAACAACGAACCAAAGCCCCGCCGGGACGUCAAGAUCGUAGCCAUCGACCUACAACCCAUCAGCCCGCUCCCCGGCAUCAUCACCCUGCGCGCAGACAUCACCCACCCGGCCACCGUCCCCCUACUCCUCCGGGCCCUCGACCCAGAGUACGACCCCUCACCCACGCCUCAAACCCAACCCCAAAACAAAAACCAAAACCAAAACCAGCAAAACCAAACCCCCUCGUCCCAACAACCCGUCGACCUCGUAAUCAGCGACGGCGCCCCCGACGUAACCGGCCUGCACGACCUCGACAUCUACGUGCAAUCGCAGCUCCUCUUCGCCGCGCUCAACCUCGCGCUGUGCGUGCUCAAACCAGGCGGCAAGUUCGUGGCCAAGAUUUUCAGGGGUCGCAACGUCGACCUGCUGUAUGCGCAGCUGAAGGUGUUUUUCGACAAGGUGUAUGUCGCCAAGCCAAGGUCGUCGAGGGCGAGUAGUGUGGAGGCGUUUAUUGUUUGUGUGGAUUUCAGGCCGCCCGAGGGGUUUAGAGCUAGUUUGGAGGAGCCGUUGGGGGUGGGGGGGAGGUUGGCUGGGUUUGUUGGGCCGAAGGAUACACCGGUCGUGUCGGCCGUGUCUGGGCCGGCGUCGAGAGUGACGAUGCAGAACCCGGACACGGGAGCGUGGGAUUUCACGCCGGGACGGACAACACACCCGUUGGACACAUCAGCAGCGGACGGGCACGGAAUCCACGACCUCGAGGUAGACGAUCUCUCGACAGACCCCCGAGACAAGAACACACGCUGGAUCGCCCCCUUCGUAGCCUGCGGCGACCUCUCGGCCUUCGACUCCGACGCCUCGUACAAGCUGCCCGACGACCACGUCUCGCUGGACCCUGUGCAGCCGCCGACUGCGCCGCCGUAUAAGCGGGCUAUCGAGCUAAGGAGGGCACAUGGGGGGGCGUAUGCUGCGGCCAAGCGGGAAAGUACAUAG